AUGCAGCGAUGUCCAUUGCAGCUCCUGAGGCUCCCUAGCUCGAUCAGAAGCCAAUAUGCUUCUCGAUUCCUCGGAUCAAGCCGCACUUUCACCACCUCGGUGACACGAUGUGCUCAGGCUUCAAAGGUUGUCUCGGAGCUUGAGCGCCGCAUCAAAGCCAUUCCAAUCGAACGAUUUCGCAAUUUCUGUAUAGUGGCACAUGUUGAUCAUGGAAAGAGUACGCUCAGUGAUCGACUGUUGGAGAUUACAGGGACGAUCGAGCCGGGUGGGAACAAGCAGAUUCUGGAUAAGCUGGAUGUGGAGAGGGAGAGGGGCAUUACUGUCAAGGCGCAGACGUGUAGUAUGAUCUACAACCACAAUGGGGAGGACUAUCUGCUACAUCUGGUCGAUACUCCCGGACAUGUGGAUUUCCGGGCAGAGGUUUCAAGGUCGUACGCAAGCUGUGGAGGAGCCUUACUUCUCGUCGAUGCAAGUCAAGGUGUACAAGCCCAAACCGUGGCCAAUUUCUACUUGGCUUUCUCCCAAGGACUGGUCCUUGUGCCUGUUAUCAACAAAAUCGAUCUGCCCUCGGCUGAUGCUCCUCGAGCUUUAGAGCAAAUGCAAACCGCAUUCGAACUAGAACCGGAAAACGCAGUUCUAGUUUCUGCCAAGACAGGACUGAAUGUGGAAGCCAUCCUUCCAAAUGUCAUCAAACAAGUUCCACAUCCUGUGGGCGACUACACCAAGCCCCUCCGGCUCCUCCUUGUGGAUUCUUGGUACGACAAUUACAAGGGAGUCAUACUCUUGGUUCGGAUUUUUGACGGGCAGGUCCGGGCCGGAGACCAUCUUGUGUCCUUUGCAACAGGGAAAAAAUACUAUGUCGGUGAGGUUGGUAUCAUGUAUCCUGACCAGACGCCCCAGAGUUCUCUCCGGGCCGGUCAGGUUGGGUAUAUAUACUUCAAUCCGGGCAUGAAGAAGAGUCAAGAGGCAUUGAGCGGAGACACAUACACCACAGUAGGAUCCGAACAUCUAGUUGAACCCUACCCCGGAUUCGAAGAGCCAAAAUCUAUGGUUUUCGUCGCUGCCUUCCCCGUAGAUCAAAGCGAUCACGGUCAUCUGGAAGACUCAAUCAACCAGAUCGUGCUCAACGACCGAAGCGUCACUCUCCAGAAGGAAUCGUCUGAAGCUCUAGGAGCAGGUUGGAGAUUGGGUUUCCUAGGUACCCUCCAUUGUUCUGUCUUUGAAGACCGUCUCCGGCAGGAACACGGCGCAACCAUCAUCAUCACGCCGCCCACCGUACCCUUCAAAGUGAUAUACAAGGACGGCCGCGAAGAAAUAAUCCAGAAUCCAGCCGAUUUCCCUGACACGGAUGCGCAAGGACAGCGUGUCAUGGAACUACAAGAGCCUUACGUCUCCGCAACCAUCACUCUCCCAGAAGAAUACCUAGGAAAGGUCAUUGAACUAUGCGAGGCGAACCGCGGCGAACAGAAGGAGCUCAACUUCUUCACCGCCACACAGGUCAUUCUCAAAUACGACAUCCCCCUCGCUCAACUCGUUGAUGAUUUCUUUGGCAAACUGAAAGGUGCUACCAAGGGAUACGCGAGUCUGGAUUACGAGGAUGCCGGAUUCCGACGCAGCAGCAUCGUCAAACUGCAGCUACUCGUCAACAAGGUUCCUGUAGAUGCCGUCGCUCGGGUCGUGCACGUAUCCCAGGUUGAAAAGAUCGGGAGACAAUGGGUGACGAAGUUCAAGGAACACGUCGAUCGGCAAAUGUUCGAGGUUGUCAUCCAGGCAGCUGCAGGGAAACGCAUCGUGGCUCGAGAGACGAUCAAGCCGUUCAGAAAGGAUGUGUUGGCGAAACUGCAUGCGUCGGAUAUAGGAAGACGGAGAAAGUUGCUGGAUAAGCAGAAGGAGGGGAGGAAGAAGUUGAAGGCGGUAGGGAAUAUUGCUAUUGAGCACACAGCGUUUCAGAAGUUUUUGGCCAAGUAG